AAAGUGUUUGUGUUUUUUCCGUUUUGACGGUAUCAGGUUUUCAUCGAGCAAUGCCACUCUUUGUUAAGUAAACUGUGGAUAAAUCUUGUUUUCAGGCAACAUUUGUUUCUUCAGGUGACCAUUAACACCGCCUGUGUUGACGUUUGUUAUUGCUUUUUGAAACAAUUGUGAGCAGUUUCCUUGCAGGACGACUUAUUUGGCAGUUAGCUAACGCGGGCGGUGUUAGCUGCGCAGACAGCAGCUGAAGGCAUCAUGUCACUUCACGGCAAAAGAAAAGAAAUCUACAAAUACGAGGCGCCAUGGACGGUGUAUGCCAUGAACUGGAGCGUCCGCCCGGACAAACGCUUUCGGUUGGCGCUGGGAAGCUUUGUGGAGGAAUAUAACAAUAAGGUUCAGCUGGUCGGUCUGGAAGAGGAGAGUUCAGAGUUCGUCUGCAGGAACACUUUCGACCAUCCUUAUCCCACCACCAAGAUCAUGUGGAUUCCAGACACCAAGGGGGUCUACCCAGACCUGCUGGCCACCAGCGGGGACUACCUGCGUAUUUGGAGGGUCAGUGACACAGAAACACGUCUAGAAUGUUUGCUGAAUAACAACAAGAAUUCAGACUUCUGUGCUCCCCUCACCUCCUUUGACUGGAAUGAAGUUGAUCCAAACCUUCUGGGCACUUCCAGCAUUGACACUACCUGCACUAUCUGGGGCUUGGAGACUGGUCAGGUGUUGGGGCGAGUCAACCUGGUGUCUGGACAUGUGAAGACACAGCUGAUUGCUCAUGACAAAGAGGUGUAUGACAUUGCGUUUAGCCGUGCAGGAGGGGGUCGAGACAUGUUUGCCUCUGUUGGAGCCGACGGUUCUGUCCGCAUGUUUGACCUGCGGCACUUGGAGCACAGCACCAUCAUCUAUGAAGAUCCUCAGCACCACCCACUGCUCCGUCUCUGCUGGAACAAGCAGGACCCCAAUUAUCUGGCAACAAUGGCAAUGGAUGGCAUGGAGGUUGUGAUCCUGGACGUGCGUGUGCCAUGCACACCAGUGGCUCGGCUGAACAACCACCGCGCCUGCGUUAAUGGUAUCGCCUGGGCUCCACAUUCAUCAUGUCACAUCUGUACUGCAGCUGAUGACCAUCAAGCUUUAAUCUGGGACAUCCAGCAGAUGCCCCGGGCGAUUGAGGAUCCCAUCUUGGCCUACACUGCCGAAGGAGAGAUCAACAACGUGCAGUGGGCCUCCACGCAGCCGGACUGGAUCGCCAUCUGCUACAAUAACUGCCUGGAGAUCCUGCGCGUGUAAAGGGUGUGACAUUUAAAACAGAGAAGAGCAGGACAUGAUUUCAGAAUGGGAUCCUGGAGUUUUUAGCCCUCAUCCCACUGCUCUGAAGACAAGGAUGUGGUUAUGAGCAAACUUUCUGGAGUUGUUUGGAGUAGCUGAUAGCUGCUCCGCAAUAACCUCGUUUACAUUUUCUUCCAUGUCUUUACCCUUUGUAGUCCUAUUAGAUGUUUGAAACUUAUUUAUUUUUACUCCUGAAGGUAGUUUUUAUUAUCUGCAGUAAGCGUCAGUGUUUCAUCUCUGAGCAGGUUGUGUAUUGGAGAAUACAGUUUCACAAGUCUGGUGUGAGUUUUCAUUUCGGCCAACUUGGACGUUACCAUGGAGCUCUGAUGAGUUUGAUUUGUAAAGUUUGAUACAACCGACUGUAGGUGGCAGAAGAUGACCUCUCUAAUCUGUUGAAAGGUGCUGCAAGGCGCUUCACACAAGGUCUAACCUUACCAAUCCCCAGAGCAAGCAGAGCAUGUCUGUGACCUUUUCCCCCGACAUGGUAAAGAAAAGAAGAUGGCCCUGUACACGUGUACAUGACUAACUUGAUUGAUACAAGUGAUUACAAGAGAAGGAAGACAACAGAAGGUUGUGGGGUUUUUUGUUUUUCCCCCUUACAUUAUUUUCUUAUUGUGAGCAAAUGACAGCAGGAAUACAGUUAGUUUUUCAUGUCGCUCAGGCCACUUUUAUUAUUCAUUCUAGUGUACAGUGUCACAAAACUGAGCAAAUACAAGUGGAAAAAAACGUUCAGCUGUAAGAUGCGAUUACAUUCAUUUGAUUUGUGUACACCUGCCAGUACAAUAUUAAAAAAAUCACUUUGGUGUGUUCCAUACACGACGGUCGUGUGUGGAAGCCCACUGCAUUCAUGAUCACUGUGUAUAUAUUUUCAGCCAAAUGGAAAAGGUUAAUUAUUUAAUGCUGCCGUUGUGAAGUCAAAAUGACAGUCAUAUGUCGCAGCCAUGACACAAAACGUACAUCUGGAGUGCUUCCCUCAUGCAGGCGGCGAACACGCUGUAACCUGUUGACACAGUUGCUGAAAGGAAAAUCAACACACGACGUAGCCGCCAAGUACUUGCAAUGCAUCUGGUGUAUUUUAGGCCUAGUAAUUUUUGUUUAAAAAAAGUGCUAGAAUAACUGAACAGAAAUGAAGGAGAACGGCUUGUGAUGCAUUUGCCUCUUUGUUUUCAGUACUUAGGAGGUGGUUUCCUUGUAGCAUGCCAUUACAAGGUCAAUUGUACAUACAUAUAAAUAUCUAAACUCAACAUGUUGGUAAUCCAGGUGUUCUUGUUGUAACUUUUUUCAUAAAAUUUACUAUUGAAUUUUCUCUAAUAAAUUGUAUUCCAUGUCA